GGAGCGGAGUGGUGGAGGGCAGACCGAGGCGCGGAGCAUCGGUAGUGUUGGCAGGAGUGGAGUGCGCGCCAUAUUCCCCCGGAGCACCCCGCCCUGUGUCGCGUCUUGGCUUGAAUGGCUGAGGGUCAACGCUGGCCCGAGGUGGUCAUAAACUGUCAAACUGGAACUGAUGGAAUUAGAAAACAUUGUCGCCAACACAGUGUACCUGAAAGCACGGGAAGGAGGUUCAGACAGCAAUAAAGGAAAGAGUAAAAAAUGGAGAAGAUUACUACAAUUUCCACAUAUAUCACAAUGUCUAGAUUUAAAAAGCAAAUUAGAUGUAAGAUACAGCUAUGUAGUGGAUCAGCAGCCCAUAGGAAGAUUGUUGUUUCGGCAGUUUUGUGAAGCUGUAAAACCUGUGUACCAUAAGUACAAUAUUUUUCUUGAUGAAGUUGAAACAUACCAAGUUGAGGUUGAUGAGAGGAGCGAGUUGGCACAUACCAUCUUCAACAAAUAUCUUCAAAGGACUUCUUCAGCAUGUCAUAUAGUGGGGAUCCUGAAUGAGUCCUUGAUAGUGACCUGUAAGGAAAACCUAGACACUGCAGGAAAGGAGCUCUUCCUUGGGUGUGCAGCAGAAGUCAAGCUCUUCCUGGCUAAUGAGCCUUUCAAAGAAUUUGAGGCUUCCAUGUACUUUCAUAGGUAUUUACAAUGGAAGUGGCUAGAAAGUCAACCUGUAACGUACAAGACCUUCAGGAUGUACCGGGUGCUGGGCAAGGGAGGAUUUGGAGAGGUGUGUGCUUGUCAGGUGAGAGCGACAGGGAAGAUGUAUGCUUGCAAGAAAUUGGAGAAAAAAAGAAUAAAGAAACGCAAAGGUGAAGCAAUGGUGCUCAUAGAAAAGCAAAUUCUACAAAAAAUUAAUUCCAGAUUUGUUGUUAGUUUAGCGUAUGCCUAUGAGACCAAGGAUUCACUUUGUCUGGUGUUGACAAUAAUGAAUGGCGGUGACCUCAAGUUCCACAUCUAUAGUAUGAAUGCGGACCCUGGUUUUGACCAGGAGCGAGCCAUUUUUCAUUCUGCCGAGGUGUUGUGUGGUCUGGGACACUUGCACACACAGGGUAUUGUAUAUAGAGAUUGCAAGCCAGAGAAUAUUUUGUUGGAUGACCAUGGGCAUGUCCGAAUAUCUGACCUUGGCCUAGCUGUCCAGAUUCCUGAGGGAGAGAUGGUGCGAGGUAGAGUGGGCACGGUGGGCUACAUGGCACCGGAAGUUAUUGACAAUGAAAAGUACACAUUUUCUCCUGAUUGGUUCAGCUUUGGCUGUCUCAUCUAUGAAAUGAUUGAGGGACAAGCACCUUUCAGGGCAAGGAAAGAGAAGGUGAAGCGAGAAGAAGUAGAUCGUAGAGUCAAGGAACAGCAAGAGACAUAUUCAGAUAAAUUUUCUGAGGAAGCCAAGUUAAUAUGUCAGCAGUUAUUGAAAAAGAGUGCACGGGAACGGCUGGGAUGCUCAAGGGAAAGGCAAGGAGUAGCAGAGGUAAAAUCUCAUGCAUUCUUCAAGAACAUAAAUUGGAAGCGGUUAGAGGCUGGGAUGUGUGAACCUCCCUUUGUUCCAGAUCCCCAUGCUGUGUAUGCAAAAGAUGUAUUGGACAUAGAACAGUUCAGUACAGUGAAAGGGGUCAAUCUUGAUGCAACUGAUGACUCUUUUUACUUAAAAUUCAACACUGGUUCUGUGUCUAUCCCUUGGCAACAAGAAAUGAUUGACACUAAGUGUUUUGCGGAGCUGAAUCAGUUUGGGCCUAACAACACCCCUACUAAUGAUCUGAGGCUAGACCUGCCUCCACCUGAGGACAGCAAGAGCUGCUUCCCCUUCAGGCGACGGCGUCGGAGGUAGCUAGGUGAAGUGUAAAGAGCCAAGAAUCAUCUUCAUCAAGAACAUGUUCAUUACCUCAAAAUUCUUGCUCUACAUUAUUGAACGUGGAAAGUUCAAAAUUGAGCAUUGACAGUUUCAUCACCCAUGUUCCUGCAGGUUAGCAGUAGCUCCCAGGAAUUCAUUGUAAAAUGACAAGUUCAUCAUCAUUUAUGGAAUUCAUCUUCCAUUAGUCAGCCAUGAAGAAGAAGCACGGAUGUUAUCCUGUUCAUUGUCCAUUUUGUGCCAAGUAAGAAAAUGAAAAUGCUGAUGGUUCCCUAACUUUAAUCUAUUGUCAAGAACAGGGAUAGUGGAGUGUAAAAUAUUCUAAUUAGGCUGAUUCAGUUGUAAUUUUUGUCUGAAAUACUCUGCUCACCCAUCUUGAUAUUAAUGUUACCUAAUGAUAUCAUGUGGGAAAACACUCAUAUAGUUCCAGUCUUAAGAAUAUAAAUUUUGAAUAUUAUAUUUGCACAGUAUCUGGCUCAUUUAUGUGUACUACAUGCAAAUUUGGUGAUGUACACAUUUUAAAAGACAUGUGCAUGUACACACAUAAUUUGAGAUUGUGUGUCAUGUGUGAUAUAUUAACAUGCAAAGUGUGCAUUCUUGUGUGCAAUAAUAUAGGGAAGAAGUUGGCAGACUAUUGCUAAUUGGUGCCCAUUGGGUUAAACAAUCAGUUGAUUACUUCUGGUUCUGUUUAAACCCUGUAUGUGGCAAUGGUCACUGGCCGGGGCUGGAAGAAUGAUGUGUUCGAUGUACUACUAUUUGCCUCAUCAUGAAUAUGUACUUUCAGAUAAUUCUGGAGAAAUUGAUUCCUUCAAAGGCACACUUACAAAUUAUGAAUAUAUAUUUGUUAGCUUUGAACAUUAAUCUGGUAAACACUUUGGAGGACUCUUGGAUAGAAAGCGACGAAAAGCAUGAAAUUGCUCAAGAAGGAAGACUGAGUGCCAGAUGGUGGUGGUGCAAGCCACACGGGGUGUUUUAUUUUGUGAUACCAUUAUUUGGUUUGUGAUACCCACCACAAGCAGAACACCUCCAGCACCUUCCUUAAUAGCCACAAUUUUUAGUUGUUUAUAUUAAAAAGUGAUAGGUCAGUAUUUUUUCUGUAUAGUCAUGACUUGUUCAUUGCAUCAGACUAUCACAAUCUUUUAUCCAUAAAUUAGGACAUAAUCAUCUCACUUAUACAUGUUAUCAUUGUCAUGGUUCUACAUGCUUUAAUUCUUAUAUUUAAUGGUUACAUAAGAUGAGUAGUACCAAAUCCUUGAGUGCAGGGAGCCUUACGCAACACUGUUAGGUGGAAUUGCAUUUUGAAGUUGUCAUUAUUAUUAUUAUUAUUAUUAUUGUUAUUAUUAUUAUUAUUAUUAUUAUUAUUAUUAUUAUUAUUAUUAUUAUUAUUAUUAUUAUUACUAUUAUUAUUAUUACUGCUUUA